GGAAUAUUAAGUCUAUUGCAUUUAAAAAGUUAACCUACAUAAAUCAAUUUUUUUAAAACUUACAAGAAUAUCCAAUAAAAAUUGCUUGGCAAUUUUUGAGGAACCAAUAUUUUAUGACCUAAAAUGCUUAAUAUGUAACUGUCAUUGUUGCAUUUGACACAGAUUGUGUCAUGGCUACAGGAAGGAAAGGCUGAAAUGGUUAUAGAUUCAGAGACCAUUAGAUCUGUGGACUCGGUAUUAGGUAUAUUACAGUGGAGUUUUGUUUUGUUUUGUUUUGUUUUGUUUUGUUUUGUUUUGUUUUGUGCUUAGCAUCAGAACCACCUCCUCUUGUUCAGGAAAUGAAAAGGGUUUGUGAGUCUGGGCAGAAGUGCAAAAGGCCUGAUACUUUUCCUUAUUCCUGACAGCUAAGCCACAGGCAUAUGACCUAAGUUGGGUCCAUUGAAUAUCCUUGCCUCUAACUGUGAUGAGAAAAUAAUGUUACAAGAAAGGAAUAAGAGAUUAGAAUUAGUCCCAGUGGUCUUCCAUUGCCCCGUGUGUCAGGGGCCAAGUGUCUAGCAGCCGUGGCCCCUUAACUAGGCUGUAUCUUUGGCCUUGGAUCCACCUAUCUGCUUGCCCAAGGUUGCUAAGCUAUCUGGUAACCACCCAGGAAGCUGUUUUUCUACCUAAGGACACCAAAAACAGUUUCAGAUUUUGCCUUGCAUAUGCCAUCACUGCUUAGAGUAGUGGGAAAACUCUUACUAGCCUAAGGAUGCUGCAAGGCCAGUUCAUGGGCUCUGCAGUUUCCCGAUUAAUGAUAAGGGGCCACUCAACUGUGCUCCAGGAGGGACGAGACAUCUGGCUAGAUUACGGUGGUGUCCCCAGCUCCUGGCUCAGGGCCCCAGCACACGUGUUCACUAAAUUCGUAUUUCCCUUUGACCCGAAUGAGUAAAAGAGUUAACACCCACCUGCAGGUCUCCUCGAUAUCUAUUUAAAAUUUUUGGAUCCUAUCUGCUUCGAAUGUAGGUGUUCCUUAGGAAGAAAGAAGUCAAAAAUGAUGACACUCAGGCUUUUAAUUAAGGUAAAUAAGAGGCUAUUUUUCCAGUAGCAGAAAUGAGGAAGUCAGGGGGAAAGAGGUUAGGUUUCUGCUGUGAUAAAUUGAACCUGCCAUGGCUUUUACAUUUCGUAACUGUGGGUUAGACCGGUUGUGUCACUCGGUAGAUGGCUUUGUAUUUGUUAGAAAAGUAUGAGUCCCUCCUACUGGACUUUGAUUCCACAAAAACAGCUGUUACAAAACAACCUCAGACCGUCACCAGAACACCUGUACGAAGAAUGUUCUUUAGUUUUUGGAUUUUUUUUUAAUGUUUUGCAUUGGUGAUUUAUUUAAGCUUUCAGAAUGAUCAGAGAACUUUUAAUUGUCCUGCUUUUGUCAUUUGUGACUCUCGGAGAAGCAAGGAAAUCAUUUCUCAGUUUCCUGAACAGAGAAAAGACUGAAAUAUUUUUUUUCACAAAGACUGAAGAAACCAUCGUUGUCAGGUCAAAUUACAGAGAGAAACAGCCAAACUCCAGCUUCCUCUUUGUGCAACUCGAAGAUCCCAAAAUCCUGCAAGUGGUGAAUGUGACCAAGACCUUCUCGGAUGUUACAGACUUUACCAUAAACCUGGUGACAGAUGAAGACGGAGAGACAAAUCUGACCGUUCAACUAUGGGUAUCCAAAGGUAGGCGGGAAAGACUCAUUGAAGUAAAGAAUGUCAAAGUCAGAGUACUCAGACCAAGACCAGACGGUCUUUUCCAGGCAUCAAACCAUAUUGAUAGGAAUAUCCUAAUGCUUUUUCUACCAAUGAUACUGUUAAAUAAAUGUGCGUUUGGUUGCAAGAUUGAAUUACAGGUGUUUCAAACAGUGUGGAAGAGACCUUUGCCAAUAAUUCUCGCGACAAUUACACAGUUUUUUCUCAUGCCGUUUUGUGGAUUUCUUUUGACGCAGAUUUUGGCAUUGCCUGAGGCACAGGCUUUUGGAUUUGUAAUGACCUGCACGUGCCCAGGAGGGGGUGGGGGCUAUCUCUUUGCUCUGCUACUAGAAGGAGAUGUCACUUUGGCCAUUUUGAUGACUUGCAUGUCAACGUUAUUGGCCCUGAUAAUGAUGCCUGCCAAUUCGUACAUAUACAGCAGGCUGUUAGGGUUAUCAGGUACCCUUCAUAGUCCUGUCUUUAAAAUUAUGUCAACCCUCCUUUUCAUACUUACACCUAUAUCUGUGGGAAUAGUCAUCAAACACAGACUGCCUGAAAAAGCAACCUUCCUGGAGAGAAUAGUUAGACCUCUGAGUUUGAUUUUAAUGUUUAUAGGGGUUUACUUGACUUUCAGAAUGGGAUUGAGCUUUCUAAAAGCAGUUAACCUAGAAGUGCUUCUACUGAGUGUCUUCGUUCCUGCUUUGGGUUUGUUGUUUGGGUUCUUUUUUGCUAAAAUCUCUAUGCUGCCUCUUCCUGUUUGUAAAACUGUUUCGAUCGAAAGCGGGGUAGUGAAUAGUUUCUUAGCCCUUGCCAUUAUUCAGCUUUCCUUCUCGCAAACCCACGCCGACUUAGCUUCCGUGGCUCCCUUUACGGUGGCCAUGUGUUCUGGAUGUGAAAUGUUACUGAUCCUUCUGUUCUACAAGGCUAAGAAAAGGUGGAUCCUUAUCCUAGAAGAGAAAAGGCAAAAAAAUCUCCCUGUCUAACAAUCAAAGCUUUACUGAAUUUUCCUACUGUGAAUGAAGUACCAUGAGAGAUUCAAAGAAUAUUAAAAUGAUGCCUGUUCUCUGCCCACGUAUGAUAUGAUUGAAAACUUGACAUUACGGGAGAAAUAAAUAAAUAUGUAUAUUUAGAAUAAAAUUGUAUGCGUUAAACACCCAGUGAGUGGUACAGAGAGUUAAAUGUACAGGAAUUCAGAAGAAGGAGCUCACUUUUCAACAGUGUUGGCUUGGAAAUACUUUAUAGAGUUAGAUUUGAAUAUGAUACUUUAGUAUGGUCUCCUGAACAGGAGAGAGCAAUUUAAAAAAAAAGUCCUCCUGUAGUGAUUAUGAUCUAUCCCAAGGGUUUGUUGAAGGGACGUUGACGCAAUAGGCAUUCAGUAAAUGCUCACACUAUGAAUGAAUAUGUAAAUUUCUAUCUGGGUCUCUUAUUGGCCCAUCAGAAUCAAUGUGUCUUAAACUAAAUGUAACAUCUCUGCUCUCAUAACUGUACUUCUUGUCCUCCACAACUUCCACUAAAGACAUUACCAUUUACCUGAAGCACAGGUCAUCUCUUCCCCCUCUUCUCCUCUCUUCCCUCUUUUUUCAUUAUAGUCAAGCUAUUUCCUACAGACAAUUUCCUAUAGUAUCUUUUUAUCAGCCUCCUCUCCCUUCCCGGUACUACCACUCUGUUCUGCUCUGUAGUGGCUGCUUCCCUAGACCUUUCUUACCUGGCUUUUGGCCUCUCUGUUCUCUCUAAUCACUGUCAGAUUAUUCUUUGUAAAAAUCUAAUUUUGAUCAUGUGCUCUCCCUGCA